AUUGUUUCACAUUUUCAGUCCACUGUCCACUUUCACGUUUUGCAUUUCGUUCUCAACCUGUUGAGAAGUGGCUAAAGAGUGAUGUAAAACGGUGCUCCGUGAAUAGUUCUGAUUAACGUUUUGUUUUUAAUUUAUUGUUUUUGAUCAACAAUGGCGAAUCGUAGGAGAGGUGUUAGUUUACCUAAAGAACUGCAAACAGAUGAAAAGCUGGUUACUAAAAAGGAAAUGGCACAAAGAAGAAGUUUACCUGCCUGCCCACCAAUUCCGAAUAAAGUAAGAAGGAACAUUUUGAAUGUUCCGUGUGAAAAGCUGCGAGUCUUGUCUUUCCUCAGCUCUGCUACUCUAAGUCCAAUGUAUGACCCGACUUUGGGCAGCACAUAUUUAGAACAACUAUUCCAAAAGUCGUAUAUGAUUGGCCAAGGUAGUUUCGGCAACGUCUACCUAGCUAGAAGCAAGAUCGACGGUGAAGACUACGCACUCAAAAGUCUCAAUACUAACGUCAGCGUGAAGGACAAAUACGCCGAGAUAACCAACAACGAAAAAGUUGGAGUGCACCCGAAUUGUGUGAGAUUUUACAUGGCUUGGGAGGAAGGUGUUGACGUGUAUUUGUUAUUAGAACACUGUGACAUGAGCCUCUCAGAUUUGGCUAGCCGAACAGACGAGAUUACUGAGGAUUUGUUGUUGAACAUACUAUAUGAUAUAUGCACUGGCUUAGACUAUUUACACAAGAAAAGCCUCGUGCAUCUUGAUAUUAAACCAGCCAACAUCUUACUGAAGCGAGGAUAUUUCAAAAUAGGAGAUUUCGGAACUGUCGUAGACUUGAACUUGCCGCCGACUAUCUGCAAGUCUACCGUGUCCGAUGGAGAUGCGAAAUACUUGGCACCUGAAGUACUUGACGGUGUCUACACACCAGCUUGUGAUAUAUUCGGCUUAGGAAUUAGCCUUUUAGAAUUAGCAGCUCGAGUGAACCUGCCUACUUCCGGGCCAAUAUGGCAGCAAAUGCGACGCGAAGUUCUUCCUAAAGAAUUUUACGACAAGGAGGUUUCCUUAGGCUUCAAGGUUAUCAUAGAAAGAAUGUUGAAACCUCAGCAUGAGCAAAGGCCAUCAGCGGAGAAGAUACUGAAGUUCAGUACUGUGAAAAUCGUCAGAAACAGGGAUAAGAAGGCACCUAGGAUAGAUUAUGCUCUAAGUCACAUUGCUGAUUUAUUGGAACGCGGAAUUAUAAAUGAAAUACAGGUGGAUCAGGAACCCGAACUUUUACAUGAAGGACAGGUGGAUCCGGAACGCGAAGUUUUAGAUGAAGGACAGGUGGUUCCGGAACGCGAAGUUUUAGAUGAAGGACAGGUGGUUCCGGACCGCGAAGUUUUGGAUGAAGGACAGGUGGAUCCACCCUUGGAAGAUCUUCCAGAUAUUUUAAAUAAUAACGACCUUUUCGGUACUCCUCCAGGCGCACCUGAUCCGUCCUGGGUCGAUGUUCCUGAUUAUGAUUAUUUGAUGUACGCGAUGUAUUCGAUGGACCACUCCUCGUUUGCGGUUGACCACUCGACGCAUGCGAUUGGUCGUAAAAACCUGUUCAACUCAUCAGCAAAGACGAAAACACAUACAGUCACUUCGGGCGAGCUCAACGAUACGUUUCAAGCAUCGUUGUCUCCGCAGAAUGAAGAUGGUGAAACGUCAGAAAAUCAUUCCAAUAGUCAAUUGGCAGUUCAUCUGAACAACUCUGGUGAAGGUAUGGACCAUGAUGCAGGAAGACGUUAUGGUGAUGACAUGAGUUCGUCUACUCCUCUAUCGUCUCGGAAACUACUCAAAACUAGAAUGUCCCUUGAUUAACUCGAAGAUUUUAUUUUGGUCGAUCAUUGAGAAACUUGACAAAGUCUUGUAAUUUUUUUUUAUUUAAUAUCUUUUCCUCAUUAGCUGUGAGCGCCAUGAUUUUUAAAUCAAGUUCUAGAGAACAUAUUUACUUGCAACCACCUAUAUACAAAGUUAUGCACUUUGUAUAGAACAUUGCCUAGAUCAUAAAUGCUCUCUUUGCUGCCUAAUUACUCAACUUGAUUUAUUAGUGUGAUCCUUAUUCUGAAGUUUUUAAGAUCAUUUUCACAGAAGUCCAUUUGUUCAAAAUAAAAGGGAAAAAUGUACUCCAACUUUAUUUUUUCACAUGUUUGUAUGGAGUCAUCAGAUCUUCGGGAUCUUACGACGAUUCUUCAUUUUGACAAAACAAUCUUUCUGGAAUUUAUGUUACAUAUAUACAUAUUUUUGAUACAGGAAAUUCUUAUACAAUUUUUGUAUAAGGUCCACCUUGCUUUGCGUAUGCGUACGAAUUCAAGCUACCAAUGAUCGAUCUUUCAAUAGUCUUUCUGUAUUGAUCUCGGAUCAUUGUGAUGUAGAUGUACUUAUCACUUGAUCAAACUAUUUGACAUGAAAGACUGUUUUUUAUUAUUUGUUUGUUUUGUUUUUAUUUAUUUUGUACAAGUAUUCUACUUUUGUUGAGAAUCCUAUCUUGGGUUUGAGAAAAAUUGUUUUCGUUUGGUUAAGUUGCUUAGCAGUUCUUAGUAUCAGAAAUCGAUUUUUGUCGACAAAGGUCAUUCAUUCCUUUUCCUAAGAUCAACCUACAUUGUGACUAGUGGACCAAAACCAAAUCCUCGAAACACAAUUAUUGCAUUUUCACAUAUUCAGAUUCCAGUCAGACCCUGAUGUGAAUAUAGAUUCGAUCCUUGUACAUUUAUAGCCCAUAAUCAUUUAUUAACAUGUACUAUUACUACUUUCUAGUCAACCAUAUACUGUAUUCCAACAUCCCAAAAAUUAUAUAUGAGGUGAAAUGAGAUACUUUGGCGUCAUCCAUGAGAAUUUUUCAGAUCGGCUUUGGAAAGGUUGGUGUUGUAUGAGACGCUAACUUUUUCAGAGUAGAUUUCUAAUUGAUGCAGAAAGGAGAAACAGCUGUGACAAAUUUAAAUAAAUGUUAUUUAGCUUGCAAUGCUGCCUUGGCAUUAAAUCCAAAUCUAUUCAUUACUUAAUCUUUGUCUAUACAGUGUGAUUCUUUAAUGAUUGUGCCAAAAAUAUAUCCUAGAUUACGUUCGUGGAAAUAAUGAUAUUAAAUCAAAUAUGCCUUUGUAAAAUGUCUGAGAAUCUCUUAUGAAGCAGCAUUUUGCUAAGGUAUAUUUGGCUCAAUAUUAUUUUCACGAGCUUAAUGUGGGAAUGUUUUUUUGGCGCAAUCAUUAGGUACCGAUCUAUAUAUAUAGGUCAUAUCACCUUUUUCAAAUUUCUUGUCAAUAUUAAUUUAUUGUAUGAUUCCUAACAGUGAUUGUUAAUUCCUCCAUUCCUUAAGCGUUUGUAUAUGUAUAUGCAAUUCUCACGUUCUUAGUUAAUGAAUCUUAUGCUUGCUGGUCCCAAGUCAUAUUUAAGAUCACAAACCAAAUCUCUCGAUAAGUACUAGAUAACCCUCUUUGAAUACAUGAAAUUAUCCAAAUAUUUUUGGAAAAAGUUCAGCGUCUUACAAUUUUUUGUCAUAUUCUGAUGAGUAAAUGAUUAUUGAUUUAAUGUAAUUGACUGAAAUUUGUAGGUUCUCACACAAUUUUGUAAAGAUUUAAAGUUUUUCAGAUUUUAAUCUCUCAUGGUGUGAAUUUUUUGUCCUUAAAUUAUCUGUAAAACAUGUUUUUGAUUAGUUCAGGAAUUAUAGGGAGAACUAAUUUUUGACAAGCUAAAUCCGAAUGUGUUUUACAUCUACCAACUCUAUUUUUAAGUUAUAUUUUUCACGUUACGUUUUGUGUAAUGUUUCACGUAAUGUCGUUACGUUUUAUGUAAUUUUCACGUAAUAUCGUUACGUUUUAUGUAAUUUUCACGUAAUAUCGUUAUGUUUUAUUUAAUUUCCCACGUAAUAUCGUUACGUAUUUUAAUUUUUCACAUGAUCCAAGCUGUCUAAGCAACGUAAGAUUUUAGUUUUCGUUAAUAUAGUAUAUUGCUGAACAAGGUGCUGAAGUGUUCCUUUGAGGGUUUAUAACCUUAUGUGAUUUAAAACUCAGCAUUUGACUGUUACAAAGUAACAGUACUGGUGUUGGCGUUUUGGCAAUUUCACCAAGGCAUAGCCUUUUAGAUGUAAGGAAUUGCAAUAUUAGAAUUUUGUUUUAUUUUAUUCAUAACCACCUACACUAUUAGACUCAGUAUUUUAAUUUGAUCAUCGAUCGGCAAUUUUAACUCAUGUAAUUUGGUAAUAUCUGAAUGGUAUUUCUCGAUUUUGAUACAGCUUAUAUGUUUGGUGGUUUGACGUUAUCGUCGUGUUGUGAUUGUAGCCUUAAGUCUAUUUAACCAAUUUUUAAAAAUAUAUUUUGUAUGCUUUAAUAAAAGUGUUUCUCUUA